AAGGGAAGCCGGAAGUGGCCCGGCACUUCCGGCACGGGAAACUCCUUGCUGCCGCUCCGGCUGGCUUGACAGGCGCGGUCUCGGCUAGUAGCUUUCUCUCCUUUCGCCUUCCGCCCUCCGCCCGUCCACCCUCCCAGCUCUUUUGCCGCUGCCGUCCCACAACUCCUGUCCCUGAAGGCGCCCCUUCCCCAUGUUCCGGGGCGGGAGUCCUGAAAGCGAAGACCCGCUCGCCGGUACCCCAUCAUGUCCGAACUGACUAAAGAGCUGAUGGAGCUGGUGUGGGGCACCAAGAGCAGCCCCGGUCUCUCUGACACCAUCUUCUGCCGCUGGACACAAGGGUUUGUGUUUAGUGAAUCAGAGGGAUCUGCAUUAGAACAGUUUGAAGGUGGCCCCUGUGCUGUUAUUGCACCUGUUCAGGCCUUUCUUUUGAAGAAGCUCCUGUUUUCUUCUGAGAAGUCUUCUUGGAGGGAUUGCCCAGAGGAAGAGCGGAAGGAACUCCUUUGUCAUACCUUAUGUGAUAUUUUAGAAAGUGCCUGUUGUGACAACUCUGGAGCAUUCUGCCUGGUUUCCUGGUUAAGAGGAAAGACAACCGAGGAGCAGACUGCGGGCAUUUCUGGGAGUCCUGCAGAAUCUAGUUGCCAAGUGGAGCAUUCUGCUGCCUUGGCUGUCGAAGAGCUUGGCUUUGAGCGAUUUCAUGCAUUAAUUCAAAAAAGAUCAUUCAGAAGUUUACCUGAAUUAAAGGAUGCUGUCCUGGACCAGUAUUCAAUGUGGGGAAACAAAUUUGGAGUAUUGCUUUUUUUGUAUUCUGUGUUACUGACAAAGGGCAUUGAAAACAUAAAAAAUGAAAUUGAAGAUUCAAAUGAACCUUUGAUAGAUCCUGUAUAUGGACAUGGCAGCCAAAGUUUAAUUAACCUCCUACUGACUGGACAUGCUGUUUCUAAUGUAUGGGAUGGUGAUAGAGAAUGCUCAGGAAUGAAACUUCUUGGUAUACAUGAACAAGCAGCAGUGGGAUUCUUAACAUUAAUGGAAGCUUUAAGAUACUGUAAGGUUGGUUCUUACUUGAAAUCUCCAAAAUUCCCUAUUUGGAUUGUUGGCAGUGAAACUCACCUCACCGUAUUUUUUGCCAAGGACAUGGCUUUAGUUGCUCCUGAGGCACCUUCAGAACAAGCCAGGAGAGUUUUUCAAACCUAUGAUCCAGAAGAUAAUGGAUUCAUACCUGAAUCACUUCUAGAAGAUGUGAUGAAAGCAUUGGACCUCGUUUCAGAUCCUGAAUAUAUAAAUCUCAUGAAGAAUAAAUUAGAUCCAGAAGGAUUAGGAAUCAUAUUAUUGGGUCCAUUCCUCCAAGAAUUUUUUCCUGAUCAGGGCUCCAGUGGUCCAGAGUCGUUUACUGUCUAUCACUACAAUGGAUUGAAGCAGUCAAAUUAUAAUGAAAAGGUCAUGUAUGUUGAAGGGACUGCAGUGGUUAUGGGUUUUGAAGAUCCCAUGCUACAGACAGAUGACACUCCUAUUAAACGCUGUCUCCAAACCAAAUGGCCAUACAUUGAGUUACUGUGGACCACAGAUCGCUCUCCUUCACUGAACUAACUUGCCUACGGAUUUAGAAGAAAGUUCGUAAUAGCAGAUGUUGAAAGAGGAAUGCAGGACAGGCGGUUGGCUACAUUAAGCUAUACACUGGUAUCAUCAACUGUAAAUAACAAUUAAAAACACAUUUUCAGUGUUUAAGAUAGUUUAAAUUAUUUGUUUUAAAGCUUUAUGUUAAAGGUUACCCUAUUUUAACUCUUUAUGUGAAAUUUACUAGCAAAAUUAAGCUUUAAUCAAAGUUCAUCACUUUUACAGUCGGAUAAUUGGUCAUUUAUCAAAUUAAAAGCAUCCUAAUACUAUAUAGUAUUUGUAUAUUGAGCAGAGUUACUCUUUAUAAACUUCUACUUUGGGUUUUUAUUUCAUUCAGACACAGUUUAUUAUUUCAGUGAUCCGGGCUUGCACUCUUUCAGCCUCCACAUGGAAAGGCAGAAGAGUUCAAUCUUAUUUCUUUUCUAAAAUCUGGUUUCCAUUAGAAAUACUGAUAAAUAACAAAUUAUCAACCUGGAAUCUUUGCCAAUUGGCUUAGCUCUGGCAUGUUUAUAAAAAGUAGAAACUAUAAGGAAAGAUUACCAUUUAUUCACUGAUAUAUAGAGAACAUAUUUCAAAAAAAUGAUAGGUAAGAGAAUCUGUUUGAUAGUCUUAACACUGUUAACUGUAUUGCCAAAUACACUUUUCCAAAUUUGUCCCAGCAGCCUGUAAGCCAGCUUUCUUGUAUAUUUAUGUGAUAAAUGCAUGAGAACAUCUGUUAUUACAUUAGUAUAUUGCAUUAUUUAUUAUUAUCCUGGUGGAUGGUCUAAAUAAACACUUUUUUUAACUGUA